AACUGUACUUGAAAUUUUGCAUCUUGUCCUCACAAAAGAUGAAAAAAUGAUCCUACAUAGAUAUUUUAUCAAAAAUCCUACUCAUAAAGUAGAAGCAAUUGCUAUUCUUCUAACCUAUGAGAAUGAUAAUAAGAAGGUUCAAUAUCUAAAGUCUCUCUUAGAAUUGAAAGCAAGUAACGAAUUUAUAACUCAAGCAUUAGAGACAUAG